AUGACGUUAAUUUUACUAUUGUCGAUCGUUGCUAUCGCAAAUGUACACUCAUGGACAUUAGACUAUGCUGGCGCUAAACAAAUAUCAUCACCACAUUUCAAUCGUGGACGUCAAGGUCAGGCAAUCACAUGUUUAGUUCUUCACGGUACAGCCGGUGGUGGCACUAUUGAAUGGUUUAAAAAUCCAGCAAGUAAAGUUUCAGCACAUUAUGUUGUAGGUCAAGACGGAUCAGUUACACAGAUGGUCAGUGAAGAUGAUACUGCAUGGCAUAAUGGUGUUGUAACAACAAACUCACAGUUUUAUGGUCGUCCAAAUCCAAAUCUAUGGUGUAUGGGCAUUGAAUUCAGUCGCAAUAUACAAAACAAUAAUGUAAUGCCUGAAGUACAAAUUCAAGCGGGCAUUCGAUUAGUUGCUGAUAUCAAACGUCGUUACAAAGGCAUUAAUAUUUAUACACACGACCAAUUUAGCGUUGGACGCACAUGCCCAGGCCCAAAUUUUCCACUUGCUCGAUUCAAAAAUGCUUAA